AUAUAAGUUUCGAGUUUUAAGUUGGCUAUUUUGAAAAGUUACCAGUCAGUUAAAGUUAACCGACGUUGGAAAAAGUGGCUCUGAUAGUAUCUGGUUAUCCUUCAACAACGUAAUUUUUUAUUUAGGACGAAUAUAAGGAAAGUGAAAAUGCGAAUAUCUUGAUAGAAGUACGUAGUCUCAAACGAAGCGAGUGUUGGACGCUAUAAAACGGCGUGUCGUAUAACAUUCAAUAAAAGAUAUUAAAAAUCAUUAUAAUAUCAUAUUUAGUGAAAAAUAACAAAACAUCAAAUAUCAUCAACACGUAUAACGCAAAAUAGGAAUUUCUAUUACGUUCACAACUUGUAAUUUGAAACAGUGAAUCGUCGAACUUUUGUUCUUGUCAGAGCAGAUCGAAACAAGAAUUGAUAUAUCAUAAUAGAAAAGUGUGAAUCAUAAUUAAAUAAAUAUGGUGCUAUAUGAUAGCAUGCUUCUUUUAGCAGAAAUAUUCGCGCUUUUUUUCAAAAUUCCCUAUUACAUUUGCAAGGGUGUAUAUAAAUUAUUUGCUCCUGUGAAGAGAAAAAGUGUGGCUGAUGAAAUUGUUUUGGUAACAGGCGCGGGUCACGGCAUAGGAAAAGAACUAGCAAUCGGUUAUGCCUUGUUGGGAGCCACGGUAAUAUGUUGGGACAUUAAUGAAGAAACCAAUGAACAGACAAAAAACGAGAUCAAAGAAAUGGGAAAAGACUCCGUAUAUGCAUAUCGAUGCGAUAUAACAGACAGAGAAGAAGUCUCUAGGGUAGCCGAAAAAGUGAAAAAAGAAGUGGGCGACAUCACUAUUCUAAUCAAUAAUGCAGGCGUAGCAACGGUAAAAACAUGUUUAAACCAUAGCAAUGAUGAAAUUACGAGAAUCAUAAAUGUAAAUUUUAUCGCGCAUUAUUGGACAUUGCGUGCAUUCUUACCAAGUAUGAUUGAAAAGAACCAUGGUCACAUCGUCGCAGUCUCAUCACUAUUAGCACUUGUAACAUCAAUGUAUACGACAGUUUACUCUCCUACAAAAUCCGCAGUCAGAAUACUUAUGAACAGCCUCAGUGAAGAGUUGCGUUUGUCUAGUAAAGGAAAAUCUUUGAUUAAAUUCACUACCAUUUUCCCAGCUCUAGUGUUUAAUGCAUUGCCGUUCAAGCCAAUAAUGAGAUUUCCGAGUUUAAUACCUUCACUAUCACCAAAACAAGCUGCUUCAUUAAUAAUCGAUGCGCAAAGACAAAAUUGCAGGGAAAAGAGUCUACCUUCUCAUUUCCUACUAUUAUUGACGCUAAUGGGAUAUCUUCCCAACAAGGUACAACAACGCUUAAAAGAUUUCGUUGGUAUGAGUGCCGAACCAGAUGAUUAAAAAAUACAAAAGUUAGAUCUUGCUAUAUAAUUUUGCUAUUACAUUAGAAAUAUAAAAAAAUAUAUGCGUUUCUUGAUGCUUAUGUAAUUUUAUAACAUAGUCAGUAACGAAAGUAACGAAACCUACGACGUGUAGGCAAUAAAUUUGUAUGCAAACGAAGCUUUCUCGGAUUCUCAGUAAUGCAUAUACUUAUAAUUUGAACUUGGCCGGAGACACUACCGCGUCUCCUGAUACUCACGAAUGCAUAUACUUAUAAUAAUAUAGACAUAAAUUCUUGAAUAGGGAAUACAUAGACUUUAUAUAGACUUUAUACAUAGACUUUAUAUUCUGAAAAUAAUAAAAGUACUUUGAAUGUCUUAUAAAUUAUAAUUUUUUUGACAUUACAUUUUUAUUUCUCUCUGUGAUGCCCUCUUCUUUCGUUCAUAAUAUGUGAAACAAUCUUAACAUUAAUGUAAGUAAUGCUACGUUACGUAACUUACGUUACGUAAACCCACAAAUAUAUUGCACCAUCUUUUAUAUAAAAAAUUACAUAAUUUUACAUAUAAUUAUAUAAAAUUACAUAAUACGUUCUUACAUUUUCUUAUUUUAUUUGUCUAAAGAAAUAGCACAAGUUAUUCUUGCAUUUUAUGAAUUUUAAUGAACGAGGACUGAUUUUAGACAGAUAAAAACUGUACUUUUUUUUACGUAAA